ACGCUGACGACGGCAACGUGACAGUUAGGACGCCACAGUACUGGCUCCGCCCCCUUCCGCGGAGCCUCCUUCUCUCGCGAGAGCCGUGAGACGCCGAGAGGGUAGUUAUAGCGAGGCCAGGAGGCAACCUGGUGGCAGCUUUUAGGCUCAUGAACACUGCAGCAAUGGCAGAAUUCGGGAUCUCAGCUGGCCAGCUGGUGGCAGUGAUCUGGGAUAAGUCAACCCCCACGGAGGCUCUGAAAGAUCUGGUGGAUAAACUUCAAGGGUUAACUGGCAGUGAGGACCGAGUGUCUGUGGAAAAUAUCGAUCAGCUGCUGCAAUCUGCCCACAAGGAAUCCAGCUUUGACAUUAUUUUGUCGGGUGUAGUACCAGGAAGCACUACUCUGCACAGUGCUGAGGUUUUGGCGGAGAUGGCCCGGAUUCUUCGGCCUGGAGGGUGUCUUUUUCUGAAAGAGCCAGUAGAGACAGCUGUAGUCAACAAUAGCAAAAUGAAGACGGCAUCUAAAUUGUGUUCAGCCCUGACUCUUUCUGGUCUUGUGGAAGUGAAGGAGCUGCAAAGGGAGCCCUUGAGCCCUGGGGAGGUGAAGUCUGUCCAGGAACAUCUGGGUUACAACAACAACAGUCUGCUGAUUAUUCAGAUCACAGGCAAAAAGCCCAACUUUGAAGUGGGUUCUUCUAGUCAGCUCAACCUUUCCAUCAUCAAGAAACCUUCAGUGAAGCCUGCUGUGGACCCUGCUGCCGCUAAGCUCUGGACCCUUUCAGCCAAUGACAUGGAGGACGAGGGCAUGGAUCUCAUUGACUCAGAUGAGCUGCUGGAUCCAGAAGAUUUGAAAAAGCCUGAUCCUGCGUCCCUGCGGGCCGCUUCCUGUGGAGAGGGGAAAAAGAGGAAGGCCUGCAAGAACUGCACUUGUGGCCUAGCGGAAGAACUGGAGAAGGAGAAAUCAGAGGCACAGAAGAGCUCCCAGCCCAAGUCGGCCUGUGGAAACUGCUACCUGGGUGAUGCAUUCCGUUGCGCCAGCUGCCCCUACCUCGGGAUGCCAGCCUUCAAGCCCGGGGAGAAGGUGCUCCUGAGCAACAGCAGCCUGCACGAUGCCUAGGAGGGACCCCAAGGCCAGGUCUGCUCUGCAGCCACUCCUGAUCCUCUCUUCCUGCCUCCUCUGGACUCGCCCACUCUGUUUGAAAUCUCUGCAGUCUGUAGACCGGGUGAGGCAGGCUGUGGCACAGUGGUAUUAGUGCUGCUUUCUCCAAGAAGACUGGGACGUGGGGGGGCCUGGUUCCCCGAAGUAUUAGGAUCUCGUGGUAAAACACUUGACAAUCCACUCUCGAGCCAGUUGUCCUUGAGUAUUUAUGCCCUGCGACAGGCUCCAGGUGCCACCCCUGCUCUAAGCUCAGUGACCCUGCCACCUACUUGCUCUUAUGAGUCAGCAAAUGCUUAGUAACUUGAGUCAACUGUCUCAUGACCUCAGGGCAUCUGAGGGGUCACUUGCUGGUUACUGUGAGCCCAUCCUGUGUGUGUCUGUCUCUUUCCAUCCAUCUACAUCUGUUGUCAUUUCUGUUCACUGACAGGUGUUACACUUGUACACUCCUGUGCCUCAGUUCUAAGAGGGUACGUAGGUGCAUGUGGUGUUCCCACAUCAUCCGGGCUCUGCCUGGACAGGGAAGCAGCCCUCCUUUGUGGAGGAGUUGGUGGCCCACACAGUGGGGCCAGCACUGUCCUUACAAGUAGCUGCUCUUAGAGGAGUUCAGACUGGGGAGGAGCAGGGAGGACUGAACCAAUAGCAUUUCUCUUGACUCUGUUCUCGCCAGACCCAAACCUGAUCUUUCCAGACACUUGGAGAGAUUGUGUGGGUUUAGCAGACAGAUUUUUGUUUCACUGGUAAAUAAAAGUGCUAAUUUGUAUGUGUCUGCAAAGCUUGGUUGGAUUCUCCUGACUUGGUUCUCCUUCUGGUCACUGCUGGUGGAGUUUAGUUAGGACUGUGGCUGAAGCUGGAUUCCGAAGCCUGGGGAGGCAGAGUUCCAAGAUGGCCUCCAGUGACCUGUGUCCCUGUGUCACCCCUGAGCAAGACCUGUGGAAGCUGUGGGAUCGCCCUCCUAGGGUUAGAGGAGGUUCUGUGCAAAGGCAAGGGAUUUUGCAAAUGUAGUUAAAAGUCCCUGCUGACUUACAGUUGAUUAAAGUGGAGAUUAUCUUGAGUGAGCCUGACGCAAUCAGGUGAUCCUUGCGAACCAGGGAACAAAGCUUGUUGGCAGUACAGAAGUUAUCACGUUGUGCAAGGUCUAAGUGGGGACAUGCCCUCAACAACAGUGCUAGGACAGCGGGCCCUCAGCCCAGCCACAAGGAGCUUGGUCCUGCUAGUAACACAUGGCUGGACCAAUAUCCCAAGUCUGCACAAUAAGAGUGGCACCAUGACUGCAGCCAUGGGAGCCUAAGGGGGCUGGACACGCAGAAACCAGCAUAAGUGGAUGUCUGAAGCAUCCAAGUGUCUGGUGACUUGUUCAUGGCAACAAACUAACAGCCCCCACAAUGGCUUAUGGUGGCGUAUGCCCAGCCAGCCGACCCCAUUAGUAAUUCUGCUGCGGUUGCCUAGUUGUGGAACACAAUCCCCAGCCAGAGCAUUCCAGGACGGGCUCUUCUGAGUCCUGGCCAUUGCUGGCACAGAGGGUGAAGCUCUGUGGGGUGUGGUUAAUGAGACUGUGCCGACAGCUGCUGUGUCAUCCCACAGAGGACAAGGCUGGAGCCCAAAACUGUUGGGUCGCCCUGAAUGCAUCCUCAGUUUACAAUGAAGGGAACAGUGAAUGCCGGAAAUGACCUGCACCCAUCAGUCACUUGAGUACUUUUUAACACAGAUGAUGGGCAGGAGACAAAUCUCAGUUGCAUAAGGCCCUGCGUUGGUUCCUCAGUGCCGUGAAAUCCAAAAAGUGUGAACUGAUACCUGAUGUCACCUGUGGACCUUUCCGAAUCAGUAGGUCUGAGGGGACUGUGAGUAAAAUCUUAAAACAUGGCAGAGUACAUUUGGAACUCUCCCUCUGGCCACUUUCUUUUUGUUUGUAAUUUUAAACAGUCUUACCUUGGAGUCCAGGCUGGCCUCAGGCAAUCCUCCUGAUUCAGCCUCCCAAGUGCUGAGAUUUUGGGUAUACUCCAUGGUGCCUGGUGCUGCCCCCUGCUGAAUUCACUUAAAAGCUGCAAGUGUAGUGGGCAGCAGAGACUACCACAUGUUGGGGUUAGGUGGCAGCUGAAACUUUGGAAGGGGUGAAAAGCAGGCACCUAGGAGCUGGAGAAAGAGGGAGAUGAUGACGCUGCAGACUGCUCCAGAGUGAGGCAGCUGCUUGAGUGGAAACAAUACCUCAAGUGGUGACCGGCUCCCAGCCAGGCUGAAGGGAGAACCUCAUGUGCUAGAAGCACUGUUGCUGGACCGGACAGAGGCAUGCUGCUUUGUGAAUUGCAGAAGAGUUGUGAGAGGCUAAAAGCAGUGUGCCCCCCAUAGUAGCAGGUAAAGUCAGUUGGGAACACACUUUAGUGGGGUUCCUUUGGGUAGUUCACUGCCAGCUGUGUGUUAGAAUCACCUGCAUGACUUCUAAAGCAAAACUGGCUCUUGUGUCAUCUUCCUUCCAAAGCCCUAGUAAGUCAGCAUCUGCUGGAGUGGGGCUUGUGACAUCUGCUGGUUUUGGCUUUUCAAGACGGUCUUGCUAUGUAGUCCAUACUGUCCUCAAACUCAAAGAGACUCUCCAGCCUUAGCCUCCCAAGUACUGGGAUUACAGGCAUGUGCCACUAUAUCCAGCUGGCAUCAGCAUUUUUACGCUUCCCUUGGUGAUAAUAAAGUGCACUCAAGCUUAAGGACCACUGUCUUAGAGAAUUUCUCUCCAUGCUGUCAGGCACAGCCUGGGCAUGACUUUGCCAGCAACUGCACUGUUCUCAGCAAACUACAGUCCCCAGAAAGCUAUCAACAAGGGACAGGAAACUGCAAAGAAGUCCUGUUGUCCCUGGACAAACAGGACAGGAUAUCAUGAAGUAAGACAGGACAGGAGACCGCAGUGCCAAACACCUGAUAACAUCUUUAUGUCUGUACCAGACAUUCUGAGAACCUCGACCACAGAUGUGUGCUCAGCACCCCACCAUGAGACCCCCCACCUGCUCUCACUUGACCCUCUUUCCCAGACCCUAUAAAAAGCCCUGCUUUUCUUUGUUUGGGACUGAUAACUUUAUCGCCCUUGGUCUGCCUAUGCCCAGGUAUAAUAAAUCUUGUGCUGUGUUGCCUUCACCCAA